AUGCAAACCUGCCCAGCAUGUAGGCACGAAGGCCUUACUUUCACUGGCCUUAGCCAGCAUUUGGCCAAGAGUCAAGACCCCCGCUGUCAAGCGCUCUAUCGCUCACGUCAACCAGUCAACCGCACAUCCACUGAAGACCACCAUAUGGAAGCUGAGGAAGAACCGGUUGAACCACCCAUCUUUGAAGGUGACGACUUCGAGGGUGAGAACUAUGGUGAUGGUGAAGUAGACUAUGAGAUGGAGUGGUGUGAUGAUGUAUCUGAGUCUGAGUAUGCUGAUAGCGACUCAGAUGAUGGCAUAUCCAUGGAACCAGAGUGGAAGCCUCCUGUCCCUGAUCCUGUGGGAGACUGGCUGCAGGUCCAGGAAGAUGAAGUUGCAGAAGAAGAUCCUGGCCGUGAUGAUCGCAUGCAAGUUCAAGAGCGUGCGCAAGGACAUCAUGGUUUCGUAGCAGUGCCAUAUCCAGAUCCACGGGCAGGCCAAGUGAUAAGGCACCACGCUGAUGACGAUGCCGCCAACACGAGAUAUGGAGCGUGUUUCGAUGAUGGAAACAACCCGUAUUUUCCUUUCUGCUCCCAGAUUGACUGGGAGAUUGCAAGAUGGUCGAAACUGCGCGGACCCAGUUCUAUGUCAUUUACUGACUUGCUAGCAAUCGACGGAGUCAGGGAGUCUUUGGGGCUCUCCUUUAAAAAUGCGAAGGAGCUGAAUGCAAUCAUUGACUACGAGUUGCCAACUGGAUGCCCGAAAUUCAGGCAUGAACAGGUUAUUGUUGCUGGCGAGGCUUUUGAUGUGUACUACCGUGAUGUUAUCGACAUUAAGGCACUCUACGGUGAUCCCGAUUUUGCGGAUUAUCUCGCAUUCACUCCAGAGCGGCAUUAUGCCGACAAAGAUCAGACCACAUGCUUGUUCCACGACAUGCAUACAGGGAAGUGGUGGUGGGACACUCAGAAAAAGCUUGAUCAACGCUGUCCUGGAGGCACAAUCAUACCAAUCAUCAUUUCAUCUGAUAAAACGCAAGUGACCCUGUUUCGCAAUAAGGCUGCCUACCUGGUUUACCUGACAAUCGGAAACAUACCGAAGGAGAUCUGUCAUAAACCUUCACACAGCGCACACAUCCUCCUUGUAUCACGCGUGCAUGUCUUGCAUACUGGGCCCACUCAAAAAUGCGGGAUUGGAUGGUGUCAAGAUGCACAGUGGGAUUAUCCAGAGCAGCUCUUAGCUACGGGCGUGAAGUUUAUGGAGUGCCCUAAGUGCGACGUUGACGCUGGUGACACCAGGAGCAACACAGUAGCCUUUCACCUGCGCAAUCUGGGCUCAGUGCUAGAUGCACUUGCUGCUCUUGAUCAUGGAAGUCUUGCAUUUGUCUGUGCGUGCGCUGCUGUAGGCAUCAAGCCCAUUGUUCACCCAUUCUGGGAGGAUCUCCCCUUUGCAAACAUCUUUCGUGCUAUCACCCCUGAUGUACUACAUCAGCUGUACCAGGGCCUAGUAAAACAUCUUGUCCAGUGGCUCUCAGAAGUGUGCAGAGCAGCUGAAAUUGACACUCGAUGUCACCGUCUCCCUCUGAACCACAACAUACGAUUAUUUACAAAAGAUAUCACCACCUUGUCAUGUCUGAGUGGCAAGGAACAUGCCCAGAUUUGCUGA